GAACGCGCGAAGUGGCUGCUUGAAGCUCCCUCGUAGGAGCGAUGUCGGGCAUCCGGGCGGCUGUGGCAGCUUCCAAUGAUCGCGCCUCUCGCCCUGCCGCCGGCGCUGCUCUCGGCGUCGGUUUGAAGCGGCUGCGAAGUGAGCCGGGCGGCAACCGUGUGACAGUAGUGCUGGGCGCUCAGUGGGGCGACGAAGGGAAAGGGAAAGUGGUGGAUCUCCUGGCCACCGAAGCCGACCUCGUCUGUAGGUGCCAGGGUGGAAAUAAUGCAGGUCAUACUGUCGUUGUUGACGGGAAGGAAUAUGAUUUUCACCUCUUUCCUAGUGGGAUAAUUAAUCCUAAGGCUGUUUCUUUUAUUGGUAAUGGAGUGGUUAUACAUUUACCUGGCUUAUUUGAAGAAGCUGAAAAAAAUGAGAAGAAAGGAUUAAAAGACUGGGAGAAAAGACUUAUAAUAUCAGACAGAGCACAUCUUGUGUUUGAUUUUCACCAAGCAGUUGAUGGACUUCAAGAAGUGCAGCGUCAAGUACAAGAAGGGAAAAACAUUGGUACAACAAAAAAAGGAAUUGGACCAACUUAUUCUUCCAAAGCUGCACGGACAGGACUUCGGAUUUGUGAUCUUCUUUCAGACUUCAGUGAAUUUUCAUUAAGAUUUAAAAAUCUGGCUCACCAGUACAAGUCAAUGUUUCCUUCUUUAGAAGUUGACAUAGAAGGACAACUAAAAAAACUAAAGGGAUAUGCUGAAACAAUAAGACCAAUGGUCCAAGAUGGAGUUUAUUUUAUGUAUGAAGCACUACACGGCCCUCCAAAGAAAAUUCUGGUGGAGGGUGCCAAUGCAGCACUGCUUGACAUUGAUUUUGGCACAUAUCCUUUUGUGACAUCAUCAAACUGCACCGUGGGUGGUGUAUGCACUGGGUUGGGCAUUCCUCCUCAGUUUAUUGGAGAAGUUUAUGGAGUCGUAAAAGCCUACACAACAAGAGUGGGAAUUGGAGCUUUUCCAACUGAACAAAUAAAUGAAAUUGGAGACCUUUUACAGUCACGAGGUCACGAAUGGGGCGUGACUACAGGCAGGAAAAGACGUUGUGGCUGGCUAGACCUUGUCAUUUUGAGAUACGCUCAUAUGAUCAACGGAUUUACUGCUUUGGCAUUGACAAAACUCGAUAUUCUGGAUGUCCUUGAUGAAAUCAAAAUUGGUGUGGCUUACAGGCUAGAUGGGAAAAGAAUUCCAUACUUUCCAGCUAAUCAGGAAAUAUUACAAAAAGUGGAAGUGGAAUAUGAAACAAUGCCAGGUUGGAAAACUGACACAACUAGUGCCAGAAAAUGGGAGGACCUUCCAUCUAAGGCACAAAAUUACAUUAGAUUUGUGGAAAACCAUGUUGGUGUGUCAGUUAAAUGGGUUGGAGUCGGAAAAUCAAGAGAAUCAAUGAUCCAGCUCUUUUAAGGGCCCAUAGAAGAGCUGCACUGAGAAAGGAUUCGCCUAAUCUUUCCUGAUCCCAGACUAAGAUGAAAAUGCUUUUAAAAUCAAAAUAACCUUCCUAGACUAUGAUUAGAAAAGAACUUUUUCUUAUUUUAAAGUAUUAAAAUGGCUUGAAAAAUAACAUAAAAAUAAUUGGAGUGAAUUGGCUGAGGAGAAUCUUAAGAUGUAUAUACUACUAAAACUCUCCUGUUUGUCUAUCUGUAAUCUUCAAUUGGGCGAAAUGAUACUCGUAGGGCAACCAUUUUUUAAUCAAUGUACUAUAAGUCAGGGAUCUCCAAUCUUGUCAACUUGAAGCCUGGAGGACUUCAACUCCCAGAAUUCUUAAAGUUGACAAGGUUGGAGACUCCUGCUUUAAGUGGACUAACUUAAAGAAUGCAUCCAAAACCCAGGACCCAUUACUCCCAUGGAAUUGAAAUUUGGCAAAACUGUGCCCAUUUCAGUGUUACCACCCAGCCGUGGUCAGUCGAAGCCACAUGAUCAUAAUUUCCAAUGCUCCCUGUCAACUUCCCACAAGGAAAGUCAAUAGGACAUUAUCAGGUAAUUGGAAAUCAAUCACUCGCCAACUGCAUUUUUAUCUGCCCAUGAUCAUUCUGUUUCUCUGCUGCUAAAGAAAUAUCUCUGGAACAAUAAUCCAGUGGAUCACGGGCUGUCUAGUAACUUUUAAAAAGUGUCAAACUCAUAUGGAAUUAUUUUUUGAAACUGCUAUAAAAAACAAUCUUUCUACCAUAGUGUUUCCAUUCUUAUGUCAGGAAAUGGUGAGAUAUGCAUAUAUGUUAUUGAAAACAAACUGCAUAGUCCACUGAAAAGAUAGUAGAACUAAGCAACUCCUUUUAAAUCUGAGAGUCAAAAC